AUGACCAUUACACACGUUAGCUCUCUUUCAGAACUCAACAAGCUUCUUGGAAGCCCCAACAAACUCACGGUCAUUGACUUUCACGCAACGUACGUCUCUAAGAAAACUGUGGACUCUCUUCACUCAAAAGAUGUACAUUGGGGUUUCUCGGGAUAUAGAUGGUGUGGACCAUGCAAGAUGAUUGCACCUACGUUCGAAAAGCUGGCACAACAAUACGCAGGCAAAGUCAACUUUGUCAAAGUAGACGUCGAUGAGGCGCAAGAGGUUGCACAAAAAUACAGCGUCACAGCGAUGCCCACCUUUAUCUUCCUCAAGGGAUCCGACGUCGUACAUACCAUUCGUGGUGCAAGAAAUGCGUGCGUAGUCUUUUCCCAGCCUUAUCACGAUAUUCACGAGGCCACCCAAUCUAGCGAGCUCACAAAUGCUGUUGAACGCUACUCUGGAGGUGGAGGUGCAGCAGCAUUCCAGGGCACAGGGCACAAGCUUGGUGAUGGCACACCCAACGCAAAGUUUACGGACCCACGAGGAAAGUUUGAAUUCAACUCGGAGAUCAAGGUUGUUGCGGGGCUCGUCGCCGCCUAUCUCUUCCUCAUGUACAUGUCUUCAUGA